GUGUGUUUACACAGGACUGGAUCUUUAAACACUGUUAGCAAUUUCUCACAAAUCCUUAUGAAAGCAGGUUUAUAUUGCACUGCUGCUUUGCUUCAUGACACGCUUCUGAUGUGGGCGGGGCCACAUUGAAACCAACCAAUCACAGCCGCGGAUACAAACGCUGCCGCCUCUGACUGGUCUGCGCGGCUGUCAAUCACAGACUGAGAGCGCUGUCCUCCAGAACGCACUUUAUUCCGAGAAAGAGAGAGAGAGAGAGAGAGAUGGAUCCGUAAUGCACCUCAGAUGGGCCUUCAAUCGCCCCAAUGAUGAGCUCCCGCUGUGUCUGUCCACCCCGGGCCGUCCCCGACUCGAGACGAGACCCACGAGACAACUACCAACUUAAUUCAGGAGUGUGAUUAAUUAAAAACGGCUCUGUAAUGGAAGGCACGCACACCGUGCUGCGUCUGUACAAACCCAUCCAGGAGCUGUGCUUCAUCAGUCUCUACUUCCCAACGAGGAAGUCCCGAGGUUUCCCACGAGCUGACCAAACCCCUCGUGAAGUCCGGCCUCGGGAUGAAGACGCUAAACAAAGAGGCCAGUAUUCCUGCGAGGUCACAAAAGCAGCGGUCGCACAGCUCCACUGGCUGACCACAGAACACCAUCAGCUGCUUACGCACGUCUUGUCUUUAUGCAGUGAAUGUGCAGACAGGAUUAAGAUGGGCAACCAGGACGGGAAGCUCCUGGAAGGACACGGGGAACAUCUGGGACAUGAUGUUAGCAGCAGUAACUUCCCUACAUCUCUUCCCCCGGAGCAUAAGAGAGCAGCUUCUAGAGUUCGUAAGCUGAAGAAGCUUGGUUCUAAGAAGAUGGACAGCGCUGAAGAGUUCUUGCAGAGUAGGAUGAAGAAGAAGGUGCAAAGUGGAGCAUCUGCGUUCUCCCCGAAAGCACCCGGAACGCCAAUCUCCUUUCGUGGCCGGGAUACUUCAGGGUCAGAGUCUUAUGUCAGCGUCUCAAGCGAGCCUCUUCUUCCAAUGGAGGAACACUUCCAGAUCGCUCACGACGGAUGGGAUUUUAUGGAAGAGCCUCGUUCUUUUGAGUCCGAGAUGGAUCUUUGUACCGAGCUGUCGGAGUUUGAUAACCAACUCACUUCGGAGUGCGAGGAACCACUGGGAAACCAAUCUGGAUGUGUGCUACAGGAGCUAAUGCCCAUUGGGAAUACUGAGGGAAACCAACAAGGUCAAUCAACCGUUGGAAGUUUGGAAGUCAACCAAAGGGACGAUAACAAGGACAACCUGGAAUCUGGAUCUCAUUCCAGUUCGGAAGUUGGACAAGAAGAGAUCAAGCUCUUUACUCAGGUGAACACCAAAUCAAACUUCUCGCCUUACGUUGACGCCAACUGUAGAAGCUCUAAGCUUCAUCCCUGGAGCAAGAGCCCUACAUCCAUCUCUCUGUCUGGGGUCUUCAACGUGUCUUAUCCUCCAACCAAUAGUCUCCAGAGCAUGUCUCCUGUCUUAUCACCUCUGUCUUCUCAACUUUCAAGUCCCCAAAUGAACCACCGGAUUGUGUUGCUGCCUGAGGAUGAUGGAAAUAAACGCUCCUCGAGAGACGAGUCCAAAGUCGCCACAGAGGUCAUCGACAAAAACGCGAACCGUCGGACGGUCACACGUCUUGACCUGAAUCUCAGCAAUCAUUUCAACGUGAACGGAGCCAGUACAUCGACCUCAGAAAACUCUCUGUUGCGGACGGAGGACAUCUGGAUGCUGGAUGCAGAUGAAUCUGUUACCCAGAAGGCAUUGCGUCGUCUCAGCAGACCGGAUCACCUGGACUUCCUGAGAAUCACACCACCAGAGGAUGACAUCAUCGGAGACACUCCGUAUAAUCCCAAACUCGGAAUAACAUCUGAGGUCACGUCUCCGUCUGAUGCUGAGGACCGAACCCCUGGCCGUCUGCAGGCCGUCUGGCCUCCACCGAAAGAGGACGGAGAGGAGAAGGUGGGCCUGCGCUACACUGAAGCCGAGCACCAGGCCGCUCUCCUGCAGCUGAAGAGAGAGUUUAAAGAGGAGCUGGAGAAACUGCAUGCAGAUUUCGAGCUGCAGAUCUUCCAGGUUCGAGGCGAGCAUGCGCAGGUCGUGUCUCGUCUGGAGUCUCUCAUCAGCAGGAUGCAGAGGGAGCAGGUGUAUAAUACUGUACUGGAGCGGGGCGAGCUGCAGGACAUCUGCAUCUCCACCCAAGACCUCCAGCCACCCAAAAGCUUCCGGAACGUGUGCAUCCAGACGGACCGCGAGACCUUCAUCAAGACCCCUGAGAGCGACGGGGCCAGACCAACGCUGGGCUCCAGCCCGCCCAAAAAACUGGACCUGGACUCAAUUAGCAUGAGUUUGGGCGUGGUUCCAGGACCGCCUCCUGCCCCUCCUCCUCUACCUGGUAGCUCCGCCCCUCCUCCACCACCACCUCCUCCUCUUCCUGGUAGCUCCGCCCCUCCUCCUCCUCCACCCUUACCUGGACUUUCACAUGCCCCACCCCCUCAUCCGCCUCUUCCAGGAGCCCCGCCCCCUCCUCCACCCCUCCCUGGAGCUCCACCCCCUCCUGGUCUUCCAGGAGCCCCGCCCCCUCCUCCACCCCUCCCUGGAGCCCCUCCCCCUCCCGGGCUUCCAGGAGCCCCGCCACCUCCUCCACCCCUCCCUGGAGCCCCGCCCCCUCCCGGUCUUCCAGGAGCCCCGCCCCCUCCUCCACCCCUCCCUGGAGCCCCUCCCCCUCCCGGGCUUCCAGGAGCCCCGCCCCCUCCUCCGCCCAUGCCGGGAUGUGGCGCUCCUCCUCCACCUCCUGUUUUUGGCGGGUUUGGAUUCGGACAGGCGACUGAGAAAGCUCCGCGUAAACCUGCUGUUGAGCCGGCCUGCCCCAUGAAACCGCUCUACUGGAACCGCAUCCAGAUUCAGGACCAGAAUAAUAACACACUCUGGAGUUCACUGGAAGAGCCUGAUAUCAUAAACACUCAAGAGUUUGAGGAUCUGUUCUCCAAAGCCACCGUCCAGCCAAAGAAGAAACCGCUGUCAGACACGUACGAGAAGAAGAACAAGACCAGGAAGCUCAUCAAGCUGCUGGAUGGGAAACGCUCUCAGGCCGUGGGAAUAUUAAUAUCCAGCCUCCAUCUGGAGAUGAAGGACAUUCAGCAUGCUGUUCUGACGGUGGAUCAUUCUGUGGUGGAUCUGGAGACCAUCGAAGCUUUAUAUGAGAACAGAGCUCAGCCUGAUGAACUGGAGAAGAUCAGAAAACACUACGAGACGUCUAAAGAAGACGAGGUGAAGCUCCUGGAUAAACCUGAACAAUUCCUGUACGAACUCUCGCAGAUUCCCGACUUCGCCCGCCGCGUACACUGCAUCAUAUUCCAGUCUGUGUUUGUGGACUCCAUAUCAUCCGUCCAUCAGAAACUGCAGAUCAUCUCUGCUGUGAGCAAGGCUUUUCUUGAUAAUGACAGUGUGAAGGACGUGAUCGGCCUCAUCUUGGCUUUUGGAAACUACAUGAACGGUGGAAACCGGACCAGAGGACAGGCGGAUGGAUUCGGACUGGAGAUUCUGCCUAAACUAAAAGAUGUCAAGAGCAGGGACAAUCGUAUGAGUCUGGUGGAUUAUGUAGUUUCGUACUACCUGCGAAACAUGGACAAGAACGCAGGAACAGAGAAGAGCGUUUUCCCGCUUCCCGAACCUCAGGAUCUCUUCCACGCCGCUCAGGUCAAGUUUGAAGAUCUCGCAAAAGACCUUCGCAAGUUAAAGAAGGAGCUGACAGCGUGUGUGAAGGAGGUUGAGCAGGUGUGUGAAAACUCCUCUGAGGAACAUCUACAGCCCUUCAAGGACAAGAUGGAGAGCUUCGUCAGCACUGCACAAUCAGAGUACGAGACUGAAGACGAGCGGCUGCAGGCGGCACAGAAGAGUUUCCGGGACAUGGUGAUGUACUUCGGGCUCAAACCCAAGUCUGGAGAGAAAGAGGUUUCUCCAAAUCAUAUCUUCAUGCUGUGGUACGAAUUCUGCAAUGAUUUCAAGAGCAUCUGGAACCGAGAGAAUAAAAACAUCUCCAAAGAGAGACUUAAAGAAGCUCAGAAGACCGUCCAGAAAAUCACGGCAGAGAGGAAAGUGGAGACGAAGAAGACCAACGCAAACAGUCUGAAAGAGCGACUGCGAAAGAAAGAAGCCGGCGUGUCGUCCAGCUGAAGCACCACAGAACAGUGUGGAACCACUUCAGUAUGAGACAAACGGAUGUUAUUGGGUCAAGAAGAAACACGUGACAUCGAUAUAUCUAUCAGAAUCAGCUGUGCCUCAUGUUCAUCGAAGGGUCGGCGUUAUAUUAUCUGUGUCUCGGUGUUUCACCACAUUUUCCUUUUGCCAAAAUGAGACUUGACGAAGCACUUUUACGCUCCUUCUCACUCGCGGAGGCUAUGCAAUACCCUCCGUUUCAGAAGAGAAAUGUGCAAAUCAUAUCCAUGCAUUAAAUGUGAGAACACUAUGAUGAG